AAUCUGUGAAUGACUCUUAGUCUUAGACGACUGUGAUCAAAUUACCACAACGAUGGGCUUCAAAUCCAUACUCUGGGCGGCGACCUUGGUCGCUACCUUGGCAGUUGCACUAUCUGAGCGAGCUCGUUUCGACAACUACCGUCUCUACCGAAUUCAGGUCGAAACUAUUCAGCAGCUAGAAGUUCUACAGGCAGUCGAGCAGCUGGGUGAUGGCUACAGUUUUUGGAGUGAACCAGUGAAUGUGGAUAGCCAUGUGGAGUUGGUUGUCCCACCACACAAGUUUGGUGAAUUCGGAGAGCUGGUUGAACGGUAUGAACUACAGGUAGAACUAAGUGUGUCCAACUUGGAGCAGCUGUUUGAACAUGAACGCAAGAGGACCACGAAGGAGGCUUUCGGUUGGAACGCGUACUAUACCUUGGAGGAAAUCUAUGCCUGGAUGGACGAAUUGGUGGCCCGGUAUCCGUCUGUACUGACUGCUGUCGUGGGAGGGAAAUCCUACGAGGGUCGCGAUAUUCGAGGCGUCAAAGUGUCCUACAAGGAAGGUAAUCCGGGAGUGUUCAUGGAGGGCACGAUUCAUGCCCGUGAAUGGAUCAGCGGAGCAACCUUGACCUGGAUCUUGAAUGAGUUGCUCAGCUCGAAUGACCAGAAGGUGCGUAACAUUGCGGAGAACUACGAUUGGUACUUCUUCCCGAUUACCAACCCGGAUGGCUAUGUGUACACGCACACGACCAACCGACAGUGGAGAAAGACCCGUACACCGCAUAGCAUUCUGUGUGUGGGAGCCGAUGCCAACAGGAACUGGGCAUAUAACUUCAUGCAGGGUGGUGCUUCGAACGUACCUUGUUCGGAUACCUACGCUGGUCCAUCCGCAUUCUCUGAAGAAGAGACUCGUACGUUGUCAGAGUACUUCACGUCGGUUCAGCCCAAGAUUAGCACGUAUCUGUCCUUCCACGCCUAUUCGCAGCUGAUGCUUCUGCCUUAUGGACACACUACGGAGCCGCUAGAUAAUUAUGACGAAAUUAUGGACAUCGGAAGGCUGGCUAUUGCAAAGUUGAGCGAACGACACGGAACGCAGUAUAAAAUCGGAAACAUUGCUGAAGCUAUCUACAUUGCAUCUGGCGGCAGUAUUGAUUGGAUCAAAGGUGUCUACAAGACUCCGAUUGUGCUUUGCUACGAACUGCGAGACACUGGACGAUACGGUUUCGUACUCCCUCCGGAUCAGAUCAUCCCCAACUCGGAGGAAACAUUGGACUCUAUAAUCGUAAUUCUAGAAGAAGGAGAAAAACGAGGAUUACAUGUGUUGUAAUCUACGAGUGCUUGAAGAUCUGUAUUUGUGUAUACAAUGCUUGUCAAAUAUAAUUUUAUAGUAUUGUA